AUGGGACAUCUUAUACAAGUGUUAAGACUUGUUGAUAAUGAGAAAAAACUUGUAAUGGGAUACAUAUAUGCAACAAUGAUCAAGGCCAAAGAGGAUAUUCGAAAAGCUUUCAUUGAACAAGGAAGUAAGUACGUAGAUGUAUUUGCAAUCAUCGAUGAAAGGUGGAAAUGUCAACUUCAUCAUCCAUUGCAUAUUGCAGGCUACUACCUAAAUCCAAAGUACUUUUAUAGCAAACCAGAAAUUGUGAAUGAUCUCAUAUUAGUGGGAGGUCUUCCCUUAUGCAUUGAAAUACAUGGUGAAAGUCAUCAAAUGAGUGACAUGACUACAACACAGUUGGCAGAAUAUAAGUUUGUUAAUGUUUUUCAUGAUGUGAGCGCAAUUGGAAUUCAUUCCAAUGAGAGACGUAGAUUUGAGCAUAAGAGGUUGGAAGACUUGGUUUUCUUUAAGUAUAACUCGGCUCUGAAAGAGCGAUAUGAUUACCUUGAUGUGAUUAAUCGAAUUAACUUGAAUGAUAAUGAUUAUUAUAUCAAUGAAUUUGAAGUGGGGGACUUGGGAGAAGAUGGUCAAUCUGUUGAAGAAUUAGUUUCCGCUAGUGAUAAUUUAACUUGGACUGAUGUUGCCAAUGCAAAUGAGGCUAAUGAGUCAAUGGUCUACCCUAUGCGGGGCAACAAAAGAAAAGGCAGUUGCAAGUGCAUCUAG